UCUAAAGAUAGAAAGCAGCUGAACUGCAUAUAUAAAAUGUUCAGUAUGGCUGGAGAAAAUGACAUAUUUGCAUUUGAAUGUAUUCUCCUGGGCUUCACCACCAGAGCAGAUCUGCAGGUGAUGUUUUUUGUCUUGUUCCUUGCCCUCUAUGUGGUCACUCUCCUAGGAAAUCUGGGAGCCAUCAUUUUGAUCCGGAUCGAUCCGCGCCUCCACUCCCCCAUGUACUUCUUCCUGAGCCACUUGUCCCUGCUGGACAACUGCUGCUCCUCCACCAUCAUCCCCUGGAGCCUGAGGGAUGUUUUGGCGGAGAAGAAGGCGAUUUUCUUUGCAAGAUGCAUCACUCAGCUCUUUUCCUCCGCCACCUGGGCCACCACCGAGUGCCACGUGCUGGUCAUCAUGGCCUACAACCACUACGCGGCCUCCUGCAGGUCCCUGCUCUACUCCGUGCUCAUGUCCCAGAGGAUUUGCAUUGGGAUGUUGGCUGGAGUGCUCAGCUCCUCUCUCCACACAGUUUCCAUAUUCCACGCCCCGUUCUGCCACUCCCAGGCCAUCGAGCACUUUUUUUGUGACAGGCCCCUGCUGCUGGCCCUGUCCUGCUCCAACACCCGUGCCAGCGAGGCCGUGGUGGCCGCCGUGGUCGGGUCCAUCCUGCUGUCCUACCUGUCCGUCCUGGCCACCGUCCUGCAGAUCUGCUCGGCGGCCGGGCGGCACGAGGCCUCGUCCACCUGCGCCUGCCACCUGGCCUUCGUCGCUCUGUCCCACGGCAGCUCCACCCUCACAUCCCUGCACCUCUCCAGCCGCUCCCUGGAGCAGGACAAGUUCAUCUCCCUGGGGUAUUCCGGCACCGUCCCCAUGCUGAACCCGUUCCUCUGCAGCCUCAGGAACACGGAUUUGAGGAAUGCCGUGAGGAAAGCAAAAAGUCGGAUCCUCGCUGCUUGGUCCAUCCGUGGCUCCUGGUCAGCUGAAAGGACAGGACAACCCCACUGCGGUGAGGGGUGUUAGAUUUUGGACCCUCGGGAAGAGAGGCUGGAUAUCAGACUCUCAGGAUUCCAGGGUCGUAGUCUGGACUCAUCUUCCAAGCCAUUGGUGUCCCUGCAGCAGCACCGCAGGG